AUGCGGAGGAUGCUGUUUCCACGGUGGAUCUGCUUCCUGGCGUGCGCGUGUGCGCGGAUGGAUCUCAGCGACGCGGUUCUCCCCCAGGUCACCCAUCCGCAUGCAGGCAUCUGCCCUAAUGAGAUGAACCCCAACCUGUGGGUGGAUGCCAUGAGCACCUGCACACGGGAAUGUGAAUCUGAUCAGGAGUGUGAGUCCUUUGAAAAGUGUUGCCAAAACGUCUGUGGGAACCACAGUUGUGUAGCCGCCAGAAGUAAAGAUGAAAAGAAGGACCCUUUUGGAAUGCCCAAGAAAGCCUCCUGUGCCACUUUUAUGUGCACCCAGCAGGGCUCAGAUUGUGUCAUCUGGGACGGCCACCCCAUGUGCAAAUGCCGGGACCGGUGUGAGAAAGAACCAAACUUCACCUGCGCCUCUGAUGGCAUGACUUACUACAAUAAAUGUUACAUGGAUGCAGAGGCAUGCUCUAAGGGAAUCACCCUCUCGGUUGUCACAUGUCUCUUCCAUCUCGCCUGGCCCAACACAAGCCCCUCAUUUCCCCAGGUAACCACACCUCGACCUACAACUGCUCCCUUUCAGGCUACCAUUCAGCCUCCAGCGCACCCAGAGAAGCCUGUUCUGGUAAGCAGUCCUGUUCACCAGACUGUAAAUGUUGGUGAAACAGUCAGCUUUGUGUGUAAUGUCACUGGCCAACCUCAGCCGCAGAUCACGUGGGAGAAGAGGCUGCCCCUGGGAGUAGUGAGGGUGGUUAUGAGACCCAAUAAUGUGCAAGGGAACAUGGUGGUCACAAAUAUCGGCCAGCUGGUCAUCUAUAACACCCGGGUGCAGGAUUCAGGUGUCUAUACCUGCAUGGCUCACAACCCCUCUGGUUCGAUCCAGGCCCACCACCAACUCACUGUGCUGUCAACAGAGGCGUUAAGUACUCCGGUACCGAAGAACCAAACCCGCUGCCUUCCGGAAGAAUGUCAGAAACCCUUUGAUAGCCCAGAGGAAUGUGGAACUGAGCUGGAGAAAGUCAGCUGGUAUUAUGAGCCUAAAUCAAACAGUUGUUUUUCCUUCACACACUGCCUCAGCAACAGAGACCAGCCACCUGGAAGGAUUUUUGACACGUACCAGGACUGCACUGAGUGCUGCGGUCCAGAGCUAUCCAGCCCCUGUGGACUGCCUGUCCUGCAGGGCAACUGUAAGGCAUAUGAGCCUCGGUGGGCAUACAGCAGCACCAUGCACGAAUGUCAUUCCUUCGUCUAUGGAGGCUGCGAAGGAAAUGACAACAACUUUGAGUCAAAAGAUGCGUGCGAGGAGAUGUGCCCCUUCCCGAGAAACAGGCAAUGCAAAACUUGCAGGCCGAAAGGCAAGAUGGUGAUGAGCUUCUGUAAGAGUGACUUUGUCAUCUUGGGUCACAUGACAGACAUCACACAAGAAAAAGACUCAGGCCAUGCCCUGGUGACUGUGGAGGAGAUCUUUAAAGAUGAGCAGAUGGGUUUACACUUCUUUGGCAAAGAACCCCUUGAAGUCACCUUCCUCAACAUGGACUGGAGCUGCCCAUGCCCAAACAUAACAAGUGCAGCUGCUGAAAGUCAGCUUAUCAUUAUGGGCAAUGUCAUCGAAGGCAUGGCCGUCCUUCAUCCUGAGAGUUACGUAGGCAUUUCCACUCCUCGUCGUGUACGGAAAAUGAAAGAGGUCAUUUCUAACAACCCCUGCGACUUUCUCAAAGCGAUUACCAACAGCCCUCAGUAG